CUAGAGGGCAAUAAAUGCACACAGGGCAGCAAUGAAAUCUUGUUGCUAUGUAAGCUUGACAGCUGCUAGCUAGAAAGUACACUGUUUUGCCGAAACGUGAUGUUCCACCGCAUUUAAUGGAUAGACAAGAAUGGUUAAAACAUAUGAUAUGCUUUCAGGCACGGUGUCGCGGAUAUUUGAUCAGGAAAGAUCUGAAGUUAGUUCAGGCUGAAUUCGAAGACGUUGUUAACGAACUCGAAGGCUGUUUGGACCAUUUGAAGUGGAGGGGAAGUAUUAUACCCAUACCAAACUUUACUAACAAUGAAAGCGCAUUAUCAAAAUAUUGCCGACCGAGGUUUCAAACGCAGGGUCAUCCGGAGGGUGCAGAGAAACUGAAGGAGCAGGCUGAACAGAGUGAAAAAUGCCUCUCUCACACGGUGGUGCUGUUGGCGGAGAGAGACGAGGAACCCUGUCCAAGCCUACAGAGAGACUGCAGUCCGAUCCAUCCACCACCAGGGGGCGACAGAGGAGGACUCUGGAGCUGUAUGGCCUUGGAGAUGAGUUGCAACAGCAUACAGCAGAAAGUCCUCCAGAGGCGCUCUCAGGUUCAAGAUGUUGCACGGACUCCUGAAGCUCUGAAGCGCCACAGAAACACCCUGGCCAUGGAGUUGCUAUGGAUCCAGCAGGCCAUCGUGAGCAGGAAGAAAUAUCUGUCCCUGAGGCAGAAGAUUGAAGUGGCGUAGUGGUGGAAGGCCAAGGGAUACAGUGGCCGCUCAGGAUGUCACAAAUGACGGUGCAGACAGCACAGAGGUCAUGAUGACCCAUUUCCCAUGGCGCUGAAAAGGAUUCAGGAAAGCUUUUCAGUACAGUUGGACCAAGCAAUGUACAGUGUGCCUGUAUGUUGGAGACAUUUUUCUUCUGUGAAGAUUUUCAAUAAAUUAUAUUUCAUUAACUAA